AUGAAGAUCCGAAGUCUUCGCACACAAAAGUUUCAGUGCUUUGAAAGCCAGAGCACAGAAGCUGUGCAGAGAUCGGAAGAUCCAAGUCUACCCAUUUACUCUUCCCCACAGAGCUUGGACCUCAUCUCAGCCUUCAGACUCCAGGGCCAGGCUUCAAAGGCCAUGGUCGAGAACUUCAGUACUAAGUAUGAAUCCCUGCACAACAGAGAGGCCCUGCACCUUUAUUCCAACACCCUGAACUUCCAGGUUAGUGAGGUGGAGCCCAAGUACUACGCAGAUGAAGAAGAUGCAAACGCUAUGAAACGAGAUCUCUCACAGACGGCAGAUGAGCCGAGACCGCAGCUGGUGCUGAAGAAGGGCAGAUACAUGGUUCUGGGUUCCAAGGAGAAUCAGGGCAGCACACUUCCUGGUUCUGAAGAGGCCUGUCAGCAGAACCUGGCUGAAGAUGACAGUGGCAGUGACAGCAAAGACAGCUCUGAUGUCCAAGACAGUUUGCAAGACUUGGGUUCCACAUCCUAG